CCAAUGCAAUCGAAGACCGUACAAAAAUCCUCUGUAAUAAUUUCACAUCCUCAUUGAAUCUUUUACUUGAAAGCCUGAAAAAAAGUAAAGGACAAGAGGCAGUGAAUAUAUUCAUCACUGUGGAAAUCAAAUAUUGAAUUGAAUUGAAUUUAUUGCAUAUUUUUCUCUCUUUUUGUUUCCUUUCGGAUCCUUUGAUCUUAAUGGUUGUCAGCUUUCUGCAACUCCAUCCUCGCCAAGAUGCUGUCUCACCGACAUCCAACUUGGGUGUACUUUUAUUGGAAUUUUUCGAAUUUUAUGGUCUACUAUUUAAUUAUAAAGCUGUUGGUAUAAGAAUAAAAGAUGGUGGAUCAUAUGUUCCAAAAUCAGAAAUUCAACAGCAAAUGCUAGAAACGGGAUGUCGACCUUCUUUUUUGUGUAUCGAAGAUCCCCUUGACUCAACAAAUGACAUCGGUCGAAGCUCAUAUGGUGCAGUUCAUGUACAAGAAGCCUUUGAAUACGCCUACCUCAGCCUGAAUAAAGCAUGUGGUCCAACAAGCUCUAAAGUAGAUCAGACCAAAAGUUUAUUAGGGCGAAUAAUACGAGUCUCGGACGUUUACCGUUACCGUUCUGUAAACAAAUAAAAGUUUAAUAUAUUUUGCGUUCCUGUGGAUUUGUGUUUGUUUUUUAGUUUUUUGUUAAGCAACUAAUCCUCGUGAUAAAAAUUGAUUAUUUAGGUUAAAUAGUGGUCCAUUGUUAACUAACCCUGGUGGUCAGAGGGAUCCUCUUCAAAACAACCGAAGCUAAGUUCAGCUUCAAAUCACUUGAGCUUGUUGUCAGUAAAAACAGAUCACAAAACAUUAUGAAAAUAGACAAUUCCAAAGGUAACUUUACCUGGUAAAGUUUACCAUGGGUUAAAUAGCAUGGAA